AUGGAGAAAGUCUAUCUUGGUGUCCUUGCGAAUGCAACCGACCGUCGUCGCGUUAUUCUCGCGGUUCGUGGGCUGCUCGACUUCACAUACUAUGUGCACUUCAAAGUUCAUACUGAUGAGUCGCUUGCACUUAUGGAGCGGGCGCUGGAGAACCUUCACGAGAACAAGGCAGUAUUUGAAGAGCUGGGAAUCCGCGAACAUUUCAACAUUAGCAAGCUUCACAAACUCUUACAUUAUAUCAAGUCGAUUCGAGCACGUGGAAUUGCACCUGCCUUUAGCACCGAACUCUCAGAACGGCUGCACAUCGACUUCGCAAAGGCGGGCUACCGGGCGAGUAACCAUCGCGACUACAUUCCCCAGAUGACGAAAUGGCUUUCGCGACAGGAGAAAGUGCGCAAGUUUUCGACUUUUCUUGAAUGGACAUUACCAGCAUAUGAAGCGGAGUUCAUUAGACUUCAAGCUGAUGAUGCGCUCGAGCCGGAUGAUACCCUGCCUGUCCAACGGCCCACCUCUCCAUCUCCUCCGCCAACAGCCACACUUAUUCACAGUAUUGCAAAAAAUCCACCAUUCACACUACGAGCUGACUUCAUUGCACGUGAAUUCCAUGCACCAUUCUUUCUUUUCCGACUUCGGGAUUUCCUCCGCUCCCGCUCGAUCUUGCCACGUGGUGACCUGUCAGAAGGCUCUUCAUUUCCGGUGUACAAACAACUCGCACUUUCCAUCCCGCCAGUUGCAGAGGUCGGUACAACAGUACUUCUUGACAAAAUUCAUGCUAUUGCGCGGCGAGAAUCGGGAAAUCGAAAAGAUGGGAGGGUUGUUGAAACAAAGCCAGCUCAAUUUGACACCGUCCUUGUUCGAGUCAACGGUGGCAAUCAAGAACUGGAUCCUGCAAAGAAGUACCGCGCUGCCCGCCUUCGUGUUAUCUUUCGUGUUCCCGAGAUAUAUGGAUCUGUCCAUGAGCCAUUGGCAUAUGUGGACUGGUAUAAACCAUUAUCCCGCUUUAACUCAGAUCUCGGAAUGUAUGAAAUCUCAUUGUCUACACAGAUGAAUCAGCAACGCUCCGAAAUCAUCCCAAUAACCAGCAUUCUCCAAUCAUGCCAUCUCAUACCAGUGUUCGGCAAACAAAUCAACCCAAAAUGGGAGUCAGAUUUUGUUCUUGACCAAUGUUCACAAUUUUAUCUCAACCCAUACCUACGGCAUCACGACUUCUAUAUUCUCCGAUAUCUUCCAGAGCUGGAAGCAAAACGGAAGGCCGCAGAAGCACGACGUGUGCGUAUUCGCCAAUUAGGAAGGGCAGGGCGAUUUAAUACAUAA